AUGUCAUGGCGACCGCAUGCAGUAUUCCUGCUGGCACAGAGACUGCGAGAAACGCUCCGAAGCGUGAUUGACAUGACGCUGCCACAGCGAGCGCUCCACGAGCAGGGCUUCGGCCAAGACCUGCGAGAUGGAUCGAAUACACAACCAGGAAACCCCAUCGACCCAGUAAUCUAUGUCAACUGUCUCGCAGACAGACAAGGAUGUGGUCUCACCAGAGCCGAAUUCGCCGAAUUCCUCGAUGCUAUGGAGGUCGCUGGUGGCAUCACCGAAGAUCAGCAGCACAAAUUCUACCGAGACGGUCGAAGCGUAAGAACAGGUGUCGACGCGAUUUACAUGCCCAAAACAGCCCGAAAUUUCCGAUGUUCAAAAGCACAUUCUCAAGGUAAGCACCCCCUGAUAAAGCCUACCUUCGUCUACCCGUCAACGACUCUGAUCACACCAUCCAUUCGAGUGUUAGUUUUGGCGACUGACUUGAUGCAGGCAGCAGAAGACGAAGGCUGCGAUCACAUCAUACCGAAGUUCGAAAUCGGCUGGUCCAUUCGAGGAUACGAGCGACUACCCAAGCAUGCAAACCUACAAGACAGCUCACCACUGAUCAUGAGACUCUCCGUUCUCGUGUUGAGACACCUAUGGAGUGGAAGAGGUUUCAAGCUUCACCAAUUCAUAUUAUUUGACAUCAUGGAUGGAGAGCAGGCAGCGAUUGGGGAGUGCGUUGGCACCCAGAUUUGCAAUGGAUACUCAACAUACGGCGGCUUUAACCACGCACAAGCUGGGCUAUCAGUCACAUCUGCGGAUAAUGAACAAGACCCCGUUGCCUGGUCGAAGUACCGCAACUCCGAGAGAGGUGGUAUGCUAAUGCGACAAGUACCACUCAACAUGAAGAAGACGGAAGAAUUUUAUAACGCACAGCUGGAAACCAGAAGUUGCAAACGGCUUGCUGACUCGAGCCCUAAGCGUAUUGCCGAUGCGCUCGACGAAGCCGCAUAUAUCGAAAACGAAAAGAAAACCACUGAGACGCUCAACCAGUUAAACCAACUCGAACUUGAAAAGCUCCAAUUGAACAUAUCAUUGCUAGAACCCAAACUUUUGCAACUGCAGGCCGCUUUCGAACAACGCGCGCAGCAGCAGCGAGAACUUGAUGACGAAGAAGACGCUUGGCAGCAUUCCAGCCACCCAGCUUCGGUGAGCCUCUGCAAUGAACUCACUCACGAUCUGGACCGACGUCGCUCUGCCGGAACGCCGCGGAUCCAACCUCGAUUUUCUCGACACCAGAGCAAGAGCGCUCUCUCGAAGCUGUAUUGUCAGAACGCCGAACUGGUCGGAUUCGAUGUAUUCCCUCCAGCUAGAGCCGGUGUUCACCCAGCAUUUAAUCUUGAUCACUCUUGGCCUAGGUCACUGUCACCUUCGAAGCAUGCAAACACGGCGCCGGAGAAUGGCACCGAUAAGCACUGCUUUUGGCCCACCUCUGACAUAGCAUUUUGCCUGCCUGUAAGUAGUCUUAAUGCAUUCAUCUCUUCGCGCAAAUAUGUAUUGAAAAUCUGUGACCAGCCUAACGCUUGGACGUUUGAUGCGAAAAUUCGGCUAACGGGGACACUAAAUUUCGUGACUAUUGAGUCGCUCUCUCGCCCUUCCACCCAAACAUCACCCACCCACACACACACACACACUUCCGAGAUCUACGACGAGGGCGGCGUACGCCUCAGCAACGAACAUGAUUACCCACCAACGACCACCCACCGCGAAGAAAUACAUGACGACCGACUACUAGAAGACAACCCCGAGACGCCCAUACUCCCGACCGAGAUCACGACACCGACCAUGAAUGCCACAUCGACUGAGGUCGAAGCCGAAGAUACGAGACCGAGUGAAGAAACCAAGCAGGUGGCGCCACCGAAGCGCCUGAAGUGCGGGCAUGACUUUCGCCCAGCUGCAUUGGAUACCCGACACGCCUGUCUGGCCUGCUCAUUGGAGCAAUUAAGGAAUGUUGACGUUCCUGCGGUAGGUUUCAUGUUAGCCUCUAGCCAUGAAAACCGCCACACAGAGCUUGAGGCGGCGAUCAAACAAGACGAAGUCGACAUCACUGCUUUGUAUGCUGAAAUCAAGCGCCGCAAGGCCGAGACACGCGAAAAGCGCCAGGAGCGCAUUGAGAACCGCAAGCAGCGAGAUGCCUACACGAGCGAGCUUGUUGAGCUUACUCAAAAUGUAGUCCGCAUUAUAAUACCAGAACAAAUGAAUCAAAAUUUCUCUCAUAACCCCAGCAUUUCAGCUUUGCAAAGACGCAUGAGAGCUCAGCAUUCCUAUAUCAGCCAAGCUCGCCAGACUGUUGGCGACAAGCUCAAUGAUCGGCCACAUAUUGUUGGCAGAGAAUGUCUUCGCCCAAAUCUUGAGAAUGGCCAUGCCAAGUGCGUUCGUCGGCAGUUGUUGAACAUCGACGUCGUCGUGCAACGCCAGCUCCGCAGGCUCGACAGUCUGCAAGGCCUCAACUAUCAGCACCCUGAUCCAUGUAAUAAUCCGAGUCUCUUCAAUGGUAAGAUCUUCACUCCCAUCGACAACUUGCAGCCAUUUCCAGAGCAGACCAGCCGGCUCCAGAGCACAGAAUGCGUGUUGACAGCUUCUGCAUCUACUUUGCUCAUUCUUUGCUUCGGCAUCGAUGUUGCUACCAAAGUUGAGUUUCGCACCACAGCAUACAUCAUCGUCGCCUUCGUGUCUCCUUUCGAUCCUUGCCGUCGCCAGCUCGGCAUCUAUUGUCAUUGUUGCGAAAGUUCUGUAAGUAGCACCGUAAUGAAUGUACGUGUUGCUACCACUCAGAUUGACGAGGACAUGGCACUUGAGCAGGAUCCUGUCGAUGAGCUUCUACAGCGAUGUAUUGUAUGA